CCCCACCAAAGCCUCAACUGAAUAGUGUGCUGUCUUAUUAUUGCCCCCAAAGACAGUCAGAUGAAACUAAACACUUAGCAGCUAUCCACACUGGUGUAUGAUAACUGCACACACACACAAACAUUGUGCACAUGUGUGUCCGUCCUCCCUAACUCCCUUCCCCCUUUUCAUCCUAUCCCUGACUCCCUCCCUUAUCCAAAUUUUCCAGCCACUGCUGGAGUCUACUUCCGCAAUCCUUACAGAAUAAAUCUAGCACUCCUAGUCUUCCGCUCACAGUAGCUACACUUCCUGUCUGAAAAGAGCCAAACAACAGAUUCUCAACAGCAGGAUGUGGGUGUUAAAGUUUCUGCUGCUACCCAUGGUGAGCUUUGCUCUAUACCCGGAGGAAAUGCUGGACACCCAGUGGGAGCUAUGGAAGAAGACCCACAGGAAGCAGUAUAACAGCAAGGUGGAUGAAAUUUCUCGGCGUUUAAUUUGGGAAAAAAACCUGAAGCAAAUCUCCAUCCAUAAUCUUGAGGCCUCUCUUGGUGUCCAUACAUAUGAACUGGCCAUGAAUCACUUGGGAGACAUGACCAGCGAAGAAGUGAUUCAGAAGAUGACUGGACUCCGAGUACCACCCUCACGUUCCUACAGUAAUGACACUCUGUAUACUCCAGAGUGGGAAGGCAGAGUCCCAGACUCUGUCGACUAUCGAAAAAAAGGAUAUGUUACUCCAGUCAAAAACCAGGGCCAGUGUGGUUCCUGUUGGGCUUUCAGCUCUGCGGGUGCCCUGGAGGGCCAACUCAAGAAGAAAACUGGUAAACUCUUAGCUCUGAGUCCCCAGAAUCUUGUGGACUGUGUGUCUGAGAAUUACGGUUGUGGAGGUGGCUAUAUGACCACUGCCUUCCAAUACGUGCAGCAAAAUGGAGGUAUUGACUCUGAAGACGCUUACCCGUAUGUGGGGCAGGAUGAAAGUUGUAUGUAUAAUGCUACAGCAAAGGCAGCUAAAUGCAGAGGGUACAAAGAGAUUCCUGUGGGGAGCGAGAAAGCCCUGAAGAGAGCGGUGGCUCGGGUAGGGCCCAUCUCUGUGUCCAUCGAUGCAAGCUUGACAUCCUUCCAGUUUUACAGCAGAGGUGUGUACUAUGAUGAAAAUUGCGACCGUGAUAAUGUGAACCACGCAAUGUUGGUGGUGGGCUAUGGUACCCAGAAGGGAAGCAAGCACUGGAUAAUUAAGAACAGCUGGGGAGAAAGCUGGGGAAACAAGGGAUAUGUUCUCUUGGCUCGGAAUAAGAACAACGCCUGUGGCAUUACCAACCUGGCCAGCUUCCCCAAGAUGUGAUUUGAGCCAGCCAGCCCGACUGUUUUCCCACUCCUUCCUCGAUGGUGCAAGACAGUGAUGGCUUUGGAAGGGAAUGGGUGUGGUACUCCUGAAAUGGACGCAUGGAUACUAAGAUUGUUUCAUUUCCCUCUCAUUGGUGCUUCCGGUGACACCUCUACUUCCCUUCUCUCUACCCAGGGCCCUUUUCUUUGUGGACACAACAGGGCACUUUCUGAGAGUUGUGGACACUGUGCUGAUAGAUGUUGUGGUCCUCCAGCAGGCUGGAGGACUAAGGUGACCUUCCCAAGCCCCUGUCUUCUAUAUAUGCCAGUGCACAUUUCAGUCUUGUGCUGAGAUGCACAAAUCUAUUCAUGAUUCUUUGACAAAUUUACAUGAUAUAAAAAUGCAUGUUUCCUUCUUUGCAUUUGAAAUAAAGUAAAUUUGAAAUUUAAUAAAGACUGCAUUCACAUUA